AUGGUGUUCGAUAAUGGACCGCAAUUUGAGACUGGCCAUCUCAGGGAUUGGCUGAGUGACCAGGGCAUAGCACACUGCUUUGCCUCGGUCGGAUGCCCGAAGGCCAAUGGCCAUGUUGAAGCAUACAACAAAUUGAUCUCCACUGGUAUCAAGCGGAAGCUUGAGAAAGCAGGCUACCUAUGGGCUGAUGAGUUGGUCAAUGUGUUAUGGUCUAUUCGAACGACAACAAAGAGUUCAACAGGGAAGACCCCACUUUUUCUAGUCUAUGGUGCUGAGGCCGUGCUCCCAAUUGAAAUGUAUGAUCCCACUCUACAAGUGAUGUUAUAUGAUAAAUCAGCAAUUGGGAGGCCAUGA